GUCUUUCAAUGAUUGGGGAGGGCUCAGAACUGGACAGGCGCCAGGACACCUGAGUUCAGUUCCUGGCCUGCCCAGACCCCAUCUAGAAACAGAUCAUGGAAAGGAACAACAUCAUUGAUUUCAAGGCUUUGGAGAAAGAGCUGCAGGCUGCACUCGCUGCUGAUGAGAAAUACAAACGGGAGAAUGCUGCCAAGUUCCGGGCAGUGGAACAGAAGGUGGCUUCCUAUGAGGAGUUCAGGGGUAUUGUCCUUGCAUCACAUCUGAAGCCACUGGAGCGGAAAGACAAGAUAGGAGGAAAGAGGACUGUGCCCUGGAACUGUCACACUACUCAGAGAGGGACCUCCCAGGAGGAGGCCACUGAAAUCUCCCAGGAGAAAACACUUCUCCAGCCCGAGACCUCCGCAGAGUUCUACCGUGCUUGGCGGCGACACCUGCGGAGUGGGCCAGAGCGCUACCAGGCCCUGCUGCAGCUCGGAGGUCCAAAGCUGGGUCACCUCUUCCAGAUGGACGUGGGGUUCGGACUUCUAGGGGAGCUGCUGGUGGCACUGGCCGAACACGUGAGGCCAACCGACCGGUUGGUGGUGCUAGGGAUCCUGCGCAGCCUGGCCAGCACCGGGCGCUUCACCCUGAACCUGAGCCUGCUGAGCCAGGUGGAGAGAGAGGCCUGCAGAGGCCUGUUUCAGAAGCUGCAGGCCAUGAGUACUCUCAGACCCACAGAGGAGGAGGAGGGGCUCGGCCAGGAGGAGGAGCGGGGUCUGGAGGAGCAGCCUGGUGAGAUCCAGGAGGAGGAAAGUCUCUUGCAAGAGUUGCUGGGGGUGUACCAGGUGGAUUGACCUGACCAGUUGCCUCCAGAGCCCCCCAGUGGUCACUGGAGGCUUUUUCUGCUUGUUGUCCUGGGGGCUCUGCAGGACUAUAAUGAGAAGCCCACACCUGAUUUCCUUCUCAGCUUGGAAUUUUCAGAGCAAAUAAAAGAAUCGAAUCUUCC